GAGACAUGAUGGAAAGCAAUUGCGACGAGGAAAAUAUCAGAAUACCUUGAAAUUUAUUUCCGACGUUUUACGUUACUCUAUAUUUUGGUUCAUUAUCUGGUCGUUUUCUACCAGUAGGCCCAGAGGGUUUGGAAAGUCAUCACGUCAUCGGGUGAGUCAUUCCGAGAUCCGAGACAUCGCGCUCGUGUAAAGCUGUAAGAAGUUUUGCGACUUUGGGUAGAUUGGACCUUGGAACUUGUCGAGAUUUAGACGCACAAGCGGCAUGCUAGUACCUUUCUCUACCACAUUAUCACUUGCUCGCACUCCCUUACGUAUAUCUUGCGUUCAACGUAAUGUUCGCACUGCAGUUUUCGGUCGCAAGUUGACAAACUUUGGUGCUCGAAAUUGCCGUCCCAAGACGGGAAGUGAACGCAAACAAGAUAACAACUGGCGACAGUGGUAUUCACGAGCCGGAAACCGGUCUUCACGAUCUGGGAGCCAUGGUUUCUCUCGAGGUCAUUGGAUACCUGCCUUUAGAUGGGUGCUUGUAGGAAGUGUACCCAUUCUUCAAGUGUCGAGUCCUACAACAGCGAACUCUCUUUUGCCACGGUCGCCGACCUUCACCCAACCCCAAGCGAAAGCACAUGUUCUAUCCAGAAGAGAGAGCAGGCUGCUAAAGGAUGACUUGCUUGAUCUCGUCGAUGGUGCUAUAUCCGCAAUUGUUACCGUUUUUCGCUUGUCGUGGCGCUUCGUGCAACUAGCCUUACUUUUUGGACCUGUGAUUGUAACGUUUCCAGUGUGGUACUUGUGUGAACGACAUACUUUAAAGCUGGGAUUGACACCGCGUUUGUGGUGGGUUCGCUUCUUGGUGUGGAGUUUUGAAGUUAGUGGUCCUACGUUUACGAAGUUAGGACAAUGGGCUAGCUCGCGUGCCGAUCUAUUCCCUCCGUACGUAUGCGCCAUUCUCUCGCGCCUGCAAUCGCAGGUUACUCCACAUUCUUUAGCACAAACGCGGAAAGCUAUCAGGAAGGAAUUUGGAAUGGACUUAAUGGAGCUCUUUGAAGAAUUUGAUGAGAAGCCGAUUGGGGUUGGGGCGAUCGCUCAGGUUUAUCGCGCCCAACUCCGGCCGUCUACGGCGACACAAGCUUGUUCAACACUUCAUUGCGCGGUCAAGGUUCUCCACCCGGGUGUUGAUUUCAUGAUCCAUGCGGACCUAACCAUCAUGCAGGCUGUGGCGUCAAUCAUCAACCUAUUACCCGAUGCCGAAUGGCUGUCACUUCCAGAGGAGGUCGCCAUGUUUGGAAGUAUGAUGCGGGAGCAGCUAGACUUGCGGCAUGAGGCUAGAAACCUGGACAGAUUUUCAAAUAAUUUCAAAGACCGCCCUGAAGUUGGAUUUCCAAAACCUAUCACCUCCCUUGUGCGGAAAACUGUCCUUGUGGAGGAAUACGUCGAUGCAAUACCGAUGAGCAAGUUUUUGACGUAUGGACAUACGCCAUUCGACCAUGAUUUGGCGAAGAUCGGGCUGGAUUCUUUCCUGAAAAUGCUGGUGCUGGAUAAUUUCGUACAUGCAGAUCUUCAUCCUGGGAACAUUUUUGUAACAUUUCGUCAUGUGACAUCCCGUACAUGGCAGAGUUUGUUCAGACGGACGGGAGUGAGCGAUGCCCCGGAAGACAUGAUCUCAGCAGCUGAAAUUGCCAGACUGGUUGCGCUGACGCCUGCAGAAUGGCCCGUUGCAAUGGAACGAUUGGCCCGCGAAAGAUACCAGCCGCGUCUUGUUUUCCUUGAUGCAGGGCUGGUGUCUGAACUAUCGCCAGAGAAUUUGCGAAACUUCCUUGAUCUAUUUCGUGCCGUUGCAGAGUUCGAUGGUACUCGCGUCGCCAAACUCAUGAUCGAGCGGUCGCGCACUCCGCAUACAGUCAUUGACCCCGAAGGGUUCGAAAGGACCAUGGCUGACUUUCUAAAUGAAGUGAAACGGGAGACAUUGAAGCUUGGUAACAUCAAAGUAGGAGAUAUUCUUGCAAAGGUCUUCACCAUGGUGCGAACACAUCAUAUCAAAAUUGAAGGUGACUUUGCCAACGUUGGGGUCAGCAUCAUGCUAUUAGAGGGAAUGGGGAGAAGACUAGAUCCGGAUAUUGAUCUCUUGAAGGAAGCCUUACCUAUCCUAAGGCAAGCCGCCCGGGAAGGAAAGGGUGGUGCCUAUCAAAAGAGUGCCCUUCGCGAGUUAGGCAGUGGUAAGACAUACUGGAAAGUAUGGGUCUACCAUACAGUCAAGCCACUGCUCCUGGCAGCGGAAGUGGUCAACAUACCUAUAUAUGAGAAGGCAAGGAUAUACUUCCCCGAGUAGAGAAAGUUUAUUUAUGAUACAUUACAUACAUUAGCAACAAGAGGUUAUUUACAAUUGAUGGA